AAAACGACACAAGAUCUAACGCGAUUGGUUUUUCAUUCAAAAUGUCCCAUCCAACACUUUAUAAUACUGUCAAAAACAGUCGCUUCCUUUAUGGUCUCUUGAAACCAGUUGCUAGCUUCUAUGCUAAUAUCGCUGGAUAUAGGCAACUAGGCUUAAGAUAUGACGAUAUCUUAAAUGACGAGAGUGAUACUACUAAGGAAGCGUUAAAACGCAUAUCGCCCAAGGAACAAGAUCUUAGAACUUAUCGAAUUCGAACUGCUUUUCAAUUAUCCUUACAACAUGAUAUUUUGCCAAAAGAAAAAUGGACAAAACCUGAAGAUGUGGAUGAGAUUGUAAAAGAAGAAGAAGAACGAGAAGCUUUCGAUGCAAUCAAAGUUGUUCGCAAAUAG